CUCGCAAGACCAUUAAUCUAAACAAAAGACAAGGCAGCAGAACACAGAGGGGUCAGCAAAUCUCUGUGCCGUUCUUUGUAAUUUUGUUGUCUUCCUCUCCUCCUUUUACGACUUCACGUGACUCGAGGACGGAAUCCUCGCUUUUUCCUGUCUUAAUCUUCCCUCAGCGUUACCUCCUCCGUUUUCUCUCGGAAAGGAGUCUUCUUUGCUUCAUUGCAUCGGCGCACUCGGCUCUGUUCUUGUGGCGCCACCCAACUGCUCCCACUAAGGAGAGAAAAGAAGAGGUGUUGACGGAUUAUAGAAGGUUUCAUGGGUAGAAAAGCUAUCUUUUUGGUCCCCUUUUUUAGCUAAAGGACCCUGGAUUUUGAUGUGAGCUCCCGGUGUUUGAGGGAAGCGAGGGUUUUGGCAGAACAAGAUUUUAGCUUGGCGGAGGGAAGUUGGGUUUGCGGGAAGAACUCGAUCAGUUGUUGCAGUUCCAAGACUGUGUUGGUCAUCUUGUGCGAGUCUUUUGGUUUCGGGCAGUCAAAAAGGUCAGGCCUGUCAUUGCCAUUUUCUUAUUGUUAAACUUCGUUCUUUGGGAAGUUUAAUUGUUGUUAAACUUCGUUCGCUAUAGGUUCUCUUUGUUCUUCUUUGAACUGAAUUAUUGGUUUUCCAAUUGCCUAAUUGAUCAAAAUAGAGCUGCUUUUUUGGCAUUGGUGUUGUCCAAGUAGACAAAGAUCUUGGAGGGUUGGCUCAAGAUUUGGUGUUGAGGUGCAUCACGUUUGGAUGUCCAUGAAGAAACCUUCUUUUGUCAUUCUGGAGAUCUAGGAGCAGUAUCUGUUGCUUGGAAGAAGAACAAAAAAAAAGAAACCUUUUUUGAAGUGCAUGAUUACUGAGGACCUGUGAUCAUCUGUGAAAAGGUCAUCAUUUGAUUUAGUUUGUGAUUUGGAAUUGAGGUGCAGCAGGCAUGGAUGUCCUUCAAGAGACCUUUUUUUAGUCAUCCUGAAGAUUUAGGAACAGUAUCUGUUUCUUGGAAAGAAACUUCUUUAAAGUGCAUGAUUACUGAGGGGUUGUGAUCAUAUUGCAGUAGAGAAGCAGUUGUUUCAGGAGCUUGAUGGGUUCUUCAGGCUCCAAGCCUUCCAAUGGGGAUGCUUUGCUUCUAUCGAGAGAGCGCGUAAAAUGCAUUAGUCAAGCUAUUGAUUCGAGAUAUGCUUUAUCUGCAGCUCAUCUCUCUUACAUCCAAUCUCUUUGUAGCAUAGGAACUGCUUUGAGGCAGUUCGUGGAGGCUGCGCUCUUGAUAGAGCCAUCAUAUUCUACCUCCGAAGUUAACAAGUCCCCAUCGCAUUCUUUUUGUGUUACUCCAUCGCCUUCCCAAUUUGCUGAGCAUGUCAGUUCACCAUCACAAAGUGGGAGUCCAUUGUCGUCGCCUCGACUGUCAAAUAUGAGUUACAUGAGGGCAACAGGGGCUAGUGCUAUGACUGUCACAAUUGAUUCAUCAGCAACACAUUUUGUCUCAGAAGAUUCUCUUACUUCUUCCCUUCUGCCACCACCACCACUCCUGGAAAUUGGAUCAUCAUGGGACUACUUUGAUCCCGCUAAUGCAGUGGCUAACUGUGAAUUGCAUAAAGGUGAACCUAGUGGAAGCAUAAAUUUUUGCAGGAGACAGUUAAAGGAAGCAGAAGUGGUUCCUUUGAGCGAAGAGCAAGUGAUGAUAUCAUGCGAGGAGAAGCAAUUAAUAGGAAACAAGGUCUGUUUGGAGGGAUUCGAUGUGGAAGUUAAAUCUAUAAUCUUGGCACAUAAAAUAGAUAACAUCAGAUGUAUGCAUUCUGGGUCCCUUAGUGUUAAAGGAUCAAUUAAAACUAUGAUUAAAAUUGCCUCAUCUGAUAUUUCUGGAUCAAAUAUGGAGAAUAGUGAUCUGCAGAGAGAGAUAUAUGCUGAAAGGGAGGACACAUCUGAGUUCAUCACACACCGAGCAAAAUGCUUCUUGUCCAGCAUGAGGGACAUCGAGCACCGAUUUCUACGUGCAGCAGAAGCAGGCACUGAGAUGUCUAGGAUGCUGGAGACAGAUAAGAUCAGGCUUGGCAUCUAUGCUGACAGAAGAGGUAAAUCACCAUCUUCUCAAAUUACUUCAGUCUUUAAUCGGAUCUGGUGCAAGGGAGAGCCUCUCCGAAAGCAUGGAGAUUCUAUGCAGAAUCUGAGAAAGGUUAUCACAUGGAACCAUUCAGUCUCAUCUCUGUCAUCAUCAUCAUCAAAAAUCCCUCUUACCUCAGCAACAAAACACGAUGAGGAAAAUACGCAAAGUGAUUUUACUGAAGAAUUUUGUAUGAUUUCAGGAAGUCAUUCAUCCACAUUGGACAGGCUAUAUGCAUGGGAACGCAAACUAUAUGAUGACAUCAAGUCUAUUGAGUAUAUCAGGAAGGUGUAUGAUCAGAAAUGUAAGCAACUCGGACAUCAAUGUGCAAGAGAUCUAGAUGCAGGAUUGAUUGACAAAACUCGGGCUGUUGUAAAGGAUCUUCAUUCUCGAUUAGGAGUGGCUAUUUGGUCAGUUGAAUCAAUUUCGAAAAGAAUUGAGAAGUUGAGGGACGAUGAGUUGCAGCCUCAACUUGUGGAACUGAUGCAAGGGUUGAUCAGGAUGUGGAAAGCUAUGCUUGAAUGCCACCAUGCACAAUUCAUCACGAUAACGUUAGCAUAUCUAACAAAGAGCUCAACCGCAGCAGCACUUGGCGAACCCUAUCGGCAGGCUUUAAGCCACCUCAUAAAUGAGAUGGGCUACUUCAGCCAUACCUUUUCGAUUUGGGUCAGUGCUUAUAAAUCCUAUGUAGAGGCUCUCAGUACCUGGCUUCAGAAGUGUGUCUUGCACCCCCAAGAACGCAGGAAGGGAAGGCGGGUCAUCUUUCCUCCUCAUCAAGCAUUAUCUCCGCCUAUAUUUGUGCUCUGCAAUGGUUGGCUUCUUGGACUCAAGUCCCUUCCUUCCAAGGAUCUCUGUGAUUCUAUUGAAGAGAUCAUGUCAAUCCUACAUGACUCCUUUGAGCAGCCAACAGAAGCUGAACAAGCUGGAAAAAUGGCGGACGAGCCAGAAAAUAGCAGAGGAUUUGACGGCAAGCAAGUGCGAGACUGUGGAAGACCUUCGAACUUGGAUGAGUUGAAGACAGGAUUGACAAGGCUUUUUGAUCGGCUGACAAAGUUCUCCGAGACAUCGCUGAAGGUCCAUGAAGAUGUGAAGCAGGGGAUUGAGAUAGCUUCCAUUGCUUAUGCAAACAUAGUAGUUUAGCUGGUAAAAUGUUACAUAGUCACUGCUUUGUAGAUGUGUCAUGACUGUGUAUGCCAGAGCCAUAUAAAACUUGAUCUAAAGCAAUUGCAGGAUGAAUGACUUGAUGGUGCAUUCUCCUACUGGUAGCUAAUCUUGUUUCUUUGGAAGCUUCAAAUUAACCUGAGUUAUCAGCUGAAAUAUCUUAUUGCGGGUUUAUGUUAGAGGCAGUUCUUGUGUUGCAGAAGAGAUUUGACAACUUGCAGUGUCGGUCAUCUCGUGCAGCUCGAUCUAUGUGACAUUGAUUUGACUAAAUAAAGAUGGAGAUUAAUAUGUUA